CGAGAAAUUAAUGCCUUUUCAUUGUAGGUUAAAGGGCGUGAUUUUUGGACAGAGCCUUAAAAUAGAAUUUAAACCGCCAAAACCCUCGUCAUCGUCCUCAAAACCUCAAACAGCCCAAACGGAGGGAGCGGCGGAGUAACACUUAAAUCUUAAUCAUGGGCAACCUCUCCGACGUCGUAUACCCCGAACUCAAAGCUACCCAAAAGUUGUCCUCCACGGGGGACAACUUCCUCAUUUGGAAGCUCAAACUCGCCUUCGUCCUCACCGACCAUCAACUCCCCCACCUCCUCAGCCCAACCAGGGAGGACCCCAAAUGGCACGACAAAAACGACGCCGCCAAGUUUCUCAUCCUCAGGACUCUCGACGACGAUCUCCUCCUUGAAUUCUCCGACUACCCCACCCCUUCAUCCAUCAUGGAAGCCCUCCUCCACCGCUUCGAUAAUAGGCUGAAAGCCUUCAGAAUUCUCCUGCUAAGGCGCUACAGGGACCACCGGAUGGCCGCGGACGCCCACAUUUAUCAGCAUGUGUUCAGGAUGCGGGCUAUGGCGAAAGAACUCGAGUAUGCAGGGAUCAAGAUUCCUGAUGAGAUGCAGGCUGUGGCUUUGUUGAAUAGCCUGCCGGAUGAUUGGGAUGAUGAUGUGGAACGGUUGGCAAUCGGGUUGGAUGGAGCUUCCACAGAAAAGUUGAGUUUUGAUUGUGUGAGCCGGCGGUUGAGGAUGGUUAGCGAUGUUAGAUCGUUGAAAAAGUUAAACAAUGCGAAGAAGUUAAAGAACAAAUUCAGGGGUAGUUGUUAUAAUUGUGGGAAACGAGGGCACCACCAAUCAGAUUGCCCUGAGCAAGGUUCAUCCAAGCAGAAAAGUUCUUCUUCAGAGCUUUUCACAUUCCCUGGUGCAUCUGCAACUCUAUCUGAAAUAAUAUAUCCUCAAUUGAAGACCUAUUUAAAAAUUAACUGCAAGGGAUCAAGAUUUUCUACAUGGAAGAGAGACCUUUUUGAUGUCCUUGAAGAUAACCAAGUUGAAUAUGUCCUCAAAGACCUAAAACCUUCUGAGCCUACAGAUGCUGCAUCUGAGGUUGAUGCUCAGCUUUAUGAUAAGUGGCAUGCAGAUGAUUUCACGUGUCGCCACCUUAUCCUUGGAGCAAUGGACGAUGAUGUCUUCCUUAGCUUCCAUGACUAUCCAACUGCCAAAGCUCUUCUAGAUUCUCUUGAAGCAUUCUUUAAUUCUCCUUCCACUGCUCAAAAGUUGGUUCUGCUCAAGAAGUAUAUGAACAAUCAUAUGUCAGAUGAUACACUGAUUAUGGAUCACAUUUUAAAGAUGGACUUGAUGGCACAUAAGCUGGAAAUAGCUGGUGUCAACGUCCCUAAUGAGAUGCAAUCUCUUGUUUUGGUGGACAGUUUACCAGUGUCAUGGGGGGACACUCUAACAUUGUUGAAUAUAAACAUGACUUUGGAUAUGGAGAAUGGUUUGAGCCUGGAUAAUGUAAGAAAGAGGGUGAGAGAUACUGGUCAGAUGAAAGAACUGAUGGCUCAAGCAGAUGACUCGUUGUUCGAUGGCAAUGGCAAUAGAAAUACAAAGAGGGUUUUCAGGGGCAAAUGUUUUUCUUGUGGACGGCCAGGUCAUUACCAAUCUGAUUGCCCUGAUCAAGAUAUCACAGGCCAGUGGAUCCCAGCACAUUUUGCUAUGUGCUUGAAACAACUUCUUAUUUGGUCCUAUUAAUUUAAGAAACAUCCAGUGCUCGGCUGUGUUUGAGAUUUUUAAGGUAUACAGGCAUGGUAGAAUGUAUAUCCCCUGCCGAAUUUGUGACUUUAGAACUAAAGCUCCAUUUUUACCAUUGCCUAUGAUGGCUUUUGAAACUAGUGCAGAACUUGAAAACUAGAAUCUCCCAGAACAUGUGUAUUUCGUUUACAGAUUGGUAGGGUUUCUGGUGAGAAUUUUGCUACUUAUUUCAAUAGUAUCUUGGAAUAUGAUCAUGUUUUAAUCUCUACGUUCUUCUAUUAUGCAUGAAUUUCAGC